AACCUCCCUACAGUCUCCGCUAACACAUCCUCAGGAUUUCAAACUCAACAGUUUGGUUUACACUUCCAACAGCAGCAAAAGCAAUCUAUCCACUGAGAGCAAAGCCAGAGGGGGCCUAUUAGGGGAGAGGAUUUUAAAGAAAAGAAUAAACAGAAAGAAGAAAAGGCAAGAUGAAAGGUCCAGAGAAGAGUGAGUGACAAGUCUUAGAUGGAAGCCUGAGUGCACCUGACAGGUGGGCUGAGCGGUGCCUGCCAGGGCAGCGCGUGCAGCUCGGGUCUCCUACCCACCGAGGGCAGGGCAACGCCGGCCCGGGUGGCGACGCCUCGUGAGCGUGGGCAGCGGAGGAAGGAGCGGGGUGCUAGCCCUAUGCCAGGCAGCUGCGACAGGAGGCAGGCGGCGGGCGUGCGGCUCUCAGCCAGCCUGCAUCCCAUUGGCCCUCAGGACGCGCUCCGAGCUGUUCCUCUCCUCCAGGGCGCAGCGGAUACCCACUGGUCCCCGCAGCUCGGUUUGGAAAAAUUCUUUGCCUGGCUGGCAAGGAGAGCGAGACUGGGCUCUGACGGCUCCCUAGGGCGCGCUUCUUGAUGGAGAUUCAGGGACGAGACCCGGGGAUGAGAGGUGGAAGGCAGCGCGGGCACUGACAGGACUCCGGGAGGAGGCUACCAGCCAUCAGCAGCCAGAUGAACAGGCUAGGUCAAAUGCUCUAACCGGGUGCAUGCGCCAGGCGGAGCGCGCUGGUCGGACUGUUCUCUGCGGUCCGCCCUGCGCUGGUCCCCGGUCAUCACCAGAAUGGACACUGGAGCCCCAGGGCCGCGCCCGCUAGAGCCCGGCGUCCCUCCUGCGUCCUGAGCUCAUGGACAACGACUCCCGGCUGGCAGCGGCGCGCCCCAGGGCUGUGAAUGCGACUUGCUCAACGUCCGCGCUCCCCGCCCGCCCGCCCGCCGGGACGUGGUAGGGGAUGCCUAGCUCCUCUGCGAUGGCAGUUGGCGCGCUCUCCAGUUCCCUCUUGGUCACCUGCUGCCUGAUGGUGGCUCUGUGCAGUCCGAGCAUCCCGCUGGAGAAGCUGGCCCAAGCUCCAGAGCAACCCGGCCAGGAAAAGCGCGAGCACGCGUCUCGGGACAGCCCGGGAAGGGUGAGCGAGCUCGGGCGCGCCUCUAGGGACGAGGGCAGCAGUGCCCGGGACUGGAAGAGCAAGGGCAGCCGCGCGCUCUCGGGCCGGGAGGCGUGGAGCAAGCAGAAGCAGGCCUGGGCUGCCCAGAGCGGGAGCGCCAAGGCCGCGGACUGGCAGGUCCGGCCUCGCGGGGAUACCCCACAGGGGGAGCCCCCGGCCGCCGCCCAGGAAGCGAUCAGUCUGGAACUCAUGCCCACACCGGAGCUGCCUGAGGAAUACGCCUAUCCCGACUACCGCGGGAAGGGCUGCGUGGACGAGAGUGGCUUCGUGUAUGCGAUUGGGGAGAAGUUCGCCCCAGGUCCCUCAGCCUGCCCAUGUCUGUGUACGGAGGAGGGGCCCCUUUGCGCCCAGCCAGAGUGCCCGCGGCUUCACCCGCGCUGCAUCCACGUUGACACCAGUCAGUGCUGUCCGCAGUGCAAAGAGAGGAAGAACUACUGCGAGUUCCGGGGCAAGACCUACCAGACUUUGGAGGAGUUCGUGGUCCAAACUGCUUUGCAGAAACCGCUGUCAUCCCAGCUGGUCGAGAGGUGAAGACUGACGAAUGCACCAUAUGUCAUUGUACUUAUGAGGAGGGCACGUGGAGAAUUGAACGGCAAGCCAUGUGCACGAGACAUGAAUGCAGGCAAAUGUAGACUUCGUGAUACAGAAACUCUCAUGUUUUUCUAGAAUAUUUUACUAAUGUGACAUUCUAGAUGACUCUGAGAAAUAUCAAUCAAAAACAGAAGACUUUGGAUAAGGAGUCAAGGAAAAUGGUUGGUACUUUUGUUUUUCUUGGUAACAAUUACAGCAAGAGACAGAAAUGGAUGUAUUUCAAAACAUCAAUAAGAACUUUGGGCAUACUCCCUCUCUAAAUAAAUGUGCUAUUUUCACAGUAAGUACACUAAAGUUCACUAUUAUAUAUUAAAUGUGUUUCUAUAAUCCCUCUAUUAGAGUCUUCUAUAUUAAAAAUGCUGUUGUCAACCGUCCUCACUGUGUACCGGUAUAUCUUUGUUAGCCUUCACUGCACCACAAGAGGGUGCUAGUGGGUCCAGGGAUCUCUUACACCUGCACACGGAAUGCUCUACUCCAUUAGGAACUACAGGAAAUAAUGACUGUUUUAUAUCAAAACCCUGUUCAAAUGCUACUUAACUAAUGCUAUGUAUCUAAUGCUUAAAACGCAAUCUAAUUUACACAAACAGGCUUAUUUUAAUAACCCACUUCUUUUUUUAGUUCAUUCUUAGUCAUUUCUAAAUUGUAGCUAUAAAGAUGGCUAGCAUAGCCUGUUUCAGUUCUCAUAGUAGCCCACAAAUAAACACUUAUGUGCAUUUCAUGUUCAUCCAAUGGUACAUGUUCUUCUAAGCAUGACAUUAAUUCAUUCCCUGAGCAAGAGGAAGGUUGGGAUAUAUGUGUUAUUAAAAAAAAAUGGAGGAAAGGGAGUCUUUGGGUUCUGCAGAGAAAAGUUAUGAAAAGUCAAAUUCCUGAACAGGUUUAUGCUUGAAAUAUAAAAUAUACUAGACAUCUCAGGACUCAGCACAGGUUCCUGUACUGCUAGUUGAGGUAGCUAUCUGCCCUCUGUAACAGACAGAGUGAGAGAAUAAAUCAAUUUUGCCCCAAGAACGGUGUACAGAAGCUAUUCUUUGUCCAAUUAUGUUUAAGCAUUUGAAAAUGAAGGCUACUAAGUCUCUCCUGCAGUCAUAUAUCACCCAAAUUUUCUUCCUUUGAAUAUAAAAUGAUAAAACUGUCAUUAAGUGUUGCUGACUGGAGCACAGUGAUAGGGAACAGCUCCCUUGUUGUGAGUGACAUCAACAGUUGGUGCAGGAGUCAGAGAGGCAUCAGGGUCCUAAUCUGUGUAAAAACACUAAACAUCAAGAACAUUUCCCUCCAUUUACACUUUCUGAAUUUUAAAAUGAGGACCUAUCGCACAACAGAUCUUGUGAAGACAAGAAGGAAAUGAGGACUGGUUUGUUUUCCCCAUGUGCUCUGCAUCUUUUUCUGUAGCAUAACAGGACUAUAAAAUUACACUGUAAGAUAUUAUAUAUAAAGCAAAUUAGAGGCUAGAAAAUGGAGAUUUCUAAGAAAGUACAAUUUAUAUCCCCAAACCCUGUCAGUAUAUAAGAAUUUCAGUAAUUUACUAUUUAAUGUUUUCUCAUCAUUGAAAAGUUAAUCAUUAUAUACUUUAAUACAAAAAUUACCAAGAUAUUUGCAUAUGCUUAUAUUUUAUCUUGAUUUUUGAAGACUAUUUUGGGUUAGGUAAAGUAGCAAAUAAAUCAAUUUCAUGAAAAUACUCAGGGGUAUUAUUGGCCAGUUACUCUCAGGUACCUGUUUUGAGCUUUCCAAAACUUAAGUGUUAGUAUGAACGACCAUUAGGCAUCAUCUGUCUUUCCGUUUCUCAACAGUAGGUUUACUUUAAGACAAAGGUCAUCUAAGGUUACCAUCCUGCCAACAAAUGACUUAACCUCCUACAAUACAUGGGUUAAAGAGCCGGUUGUAAUUACAUACAACUUGCCUCUUCUUUCCACAUGAGACAUGAUGAAUUACAACUGCAGUGUAUGAGGCCCAGUUUUCUUAUUUUCCUUGGCAACAGAAUUCCCACAGAAUGGAAAAUGGGCUCUCAGAUUACUUCAGUGGAAAAAAAUCAUAAGCGCUAUGAGAGUGUCAACAAACCUCAUUCUUCUGCAGAGAAAGUGAGUACAAUGUCGUCUGGGGAAUGACAUCCUUGAUGGAAGGCAGUAGGCCCCACACUGUCUCAGGCACACUUCUGGGUGCUGGAGCACAGUGGCUGUGAUUGCAUUAGAAUAACUCACACUACACCUAAAGCAAAUCUGGUAGAAUCAGGUUCUCUGCACUGCACAUCCUAAGUAAUGAAAUUAUUGUUAUUAUUACUUUUGAUGGAAACUCUUCCCCUUCAGAGCAGGUCUAGAGAGAUGUUUCAGAUAGAUAUUUACUUUGUUCUCCACAUGGACAGAAGUCUUUGCUGAAGUUCUGAAUGAUGCAACAUAAGCUAGUUUACUUUAACUGCAUAAUAACGUGCGGAUAGUAUGAGCUCAAAUUAUCUGAUUGUUCAAACUUCACAAUCCAACUACACCUUUUUUUUUUAAUGCUAAAAUUCUCCAAAAUUCUAAUAGGCUUGCUUUGUGGGUACUUCAUAAUGAUUAGGGGCUUAAUCAACUUAAAAAGGAAGUUGUGCUUACGAAUGAGUUAUAGGAGCAUGCUUCUAAAAUACGACCUAUGCUUUGCUGCCUGUGAGUCACAGAGUAACGCCAGAAAGAAUGCAACCUUACAGAGACAGGUCCUUUUCUUCGGGUUCAUUCUUCAGUGCUCUCCCGAGCUUUUCAGGGAGAGGUGGGAACAGCCCAAGGGCGACAAGCAUCACCAGAUGCAUGGGGCCCUGUGACACGUUUGCUGCAAUGACGUAAAGGUUCAGAGGACAGGGUGUCUUUGCCUACAGGGAACUCACGUGCCUCAGGUAGAGCUGUGCAGUGAUUCUAUUAGUUUUAAUAGCUGAAUAUUCACAGCAUCGUCUUCUGGUCUGAUAAAGUACACCGAGAGCUUAAUUCUCAUCUGUUUAAAGUUUAACACAUUAUGUCUAAGUACCUCUCCUCUUUGCUUCUUUAGCGUCAUAUGGAAACAAUGUCUAAAACACUUUUAACUAUGUCGAAAACUCAGAGAUUUCCUGUUUUCUUUUUAAACAAUGAGAUAUGUUUAAUGUUCAUAUUACUUAAAACAUACAAAUACACAAUUUCAAACAAAUACUGUUGAAAACAUCUGUUAUUUCAAAUAUAGACUAUUUAAGUAUACAUAAAACAAAAAUUAUAAACAUAAAGAAUGAUUUAACAAAUACUAAUAACCUAUUAAAUUUGUUUCAAUAGGCAACAGAUCCUUUUAGAUUUCUUAAGACUUUGUUUUCGUCUAAAAUACUGUAAGGAGGAAGGGUAACACACAUGUCCUUUCAUCAAGAUCCCGGGCAGUACCAGAAGUACAGACAAGUCUGACUGGUCACAGACUUUGGCAGUAUCUUCUGUGAGCCGGGGUUCUUGGUGGACCUGCUCUGCACUCUUCUUCAGAAGUAUGUCUGAGAGAAGAUGCUCGAUGCAGUCACUGCUGUGGAAUGAGUUCAUGCUUACAUCAUCGCAUUCCAGCUUCUUCCUGCCUUAGGGAAUCAGAGACUACUUACGUCGUCUCCUCAUGCAAAGCCAGCUUCUUGCACUUGAGGUGUCAGUUUUCUAAGAAGGACCUUAUUUCAGUAUGGUUGUUUGGCAGAUCCUAUUUGCACAGAACAACCGAGCACCCUCAGAAGAGCUGUCCUUAAAACAGCCUGCGGCUAUGGAAGGACACAGUCCAAAUGGAAGUAGAUGCUGGCACCUGACCCUUCUGAGGGCUUCUGAGUACUGCUCUUCCUUAAGCUGUCUUAGUACUGAAAGGCCUCGAACUGGGCCUCAAGGGCACACUAAGAUGGAUUGCUGGGAGCAAAGAGUUUAUUGGCAAAGUUAUGAAUGUUGUGGACAGGCAGACAGAUGGGAACAGCAUGACGGGCCUCUGAGGAAAGUUCAGUCUACAGCACCAAAGACAGACAACAUGGUGGAUGUUCUGAAGAAAGGAAAUCAGAAUCCAAGCAGAAGUGAGAAUGAGAGUUUCUUCUUAUUCUUUUCGGGGAAGGGGGGCAUCAGAACAUAAGUCUCCAGCUAGAUUCUGAUUCCCAUGCUGGAGGCAGGGAAGUGGGUGUGGCCACCUCCCCCUGCCCUGCCCCUGCCACCAACAUUUGAUGUAAACUCAGUCCUCAAGUGACAGAUUCUGGAACCUGCCAGGCCUUAGCUAGGGAGUCACUCUGACUCAUUUGGACACAUGUAGGACUUUAUGAAAAAGGAAUGGCUGCUGUGAGUAGGAUUCUGGAGUCCUUGAUUGGAUUGCCAUCCUGAGUCUCUGUCAUAGCACUAAUUUGGUGUCAUUUUAGCACAUACUUUAAAGAUUACAUCACAAGCAGAGAUUGUGGGUAGCUAAGUGAAGUGUGCUUGAAAAGCAUGCACAAAGCCCUUGGUUUUUAUCCCCAGCACUACUAUAUAGAAUGGGUAGGGUGUACCUCAGUAGUAAAGGAAUUGUCUCUCAUCCAGAAAGCUCCAGUUCAAUCUAGUCUAGUAUGAAAAAGAAGUUUGUUCAUAACGGUUAAUGUUUUGUGUUUUCCCCUUAUUUCUAUGUACUUUUAAUUCACAUUAUGAGACAAUCACUUCUGUAAGCAUCACCACUCAAUGGUAAGUUCGCUUUACUGAGUCACAUACAGUCCACUACACCUGUGGAUCAAGCACCGGCUCAGACAGUGCUUCAAAGCAAAGUGCCCUCCGUUGUCUCCCUGCUGGUGUCUACUUCUUUCCAGACUUCUAGCACAGUUCUCAUAUCCAGGCCAUGACCACCCACAGGUGAAAUCACUCCCUCACUGCUGUAGUCGCUGAGGUUGGAAGUGACAGUCAAUUUCCAGUUGUGAUGCUAGUCAGGACAAACUGCUUUGAUGUAUGAGUUCUAAUACUGAAAGGAACUUGUAAGGAAAGCAUAGUGGCACUUAGAAUAAAGGUGAUCAAGUUUAUAGUUUUGGUAUUUCCUUGUUUAUACAAUUUUUCUGAAUAAAAAUUUCAUGUCCUAGACUUUAGGCAUCUGAGUAUAUCUGACAUCUCCAUGUCUCUGUGUAAUGUGACUGAGCAGGCAGUCAGCUUCCAUGAAACGGAUGCUAAGUCAGUGAACCAAGGGUUCAAAGGCAAUGGCUCUUGACACUUCACCACGAUGCCAAACUUCACUCUCAUUUGUAAAGCAUUUACUGGUUUUGAUUCACCACAAAAACAAGUAGGAAAAAAUGCCUACUUGUUAAUUGAAUAAAUUCCAUCAACUUCUAAGUGAUACUGUCAAUCAGGGUAAGAAUUUUCACUCAAAGAUUCAGUAACAGGAAAACUUAAAUGAAGGUGUGCUCCAAGUGUUUGGCCUGUUUGCAGUUAAUGAUGCAUGAAACGCAUACUUGUAAUUUUCUAACAAGGACAUAAAACCCGUAAUACAGGCACAAUUCCAAAUACAAUCAAAAUACACCUAACAUCAUUUAUUAAGGUAUUAUUGUAGCCUGUUAAAAUAAUUCUAAAUAUCUCUCACUUUAGUUAGAAUUCAGUUUUCAACAAGUAGAAACACUUCCCAGUUUUAUUUAAUAUUUAAUAGUAUUUUAUUUACUAGCUAACAUGGUUUUCAAUUUCUGGAAUUUACAUUUGACUUUGUUUCUAGAUAUAUUUAUGAGAAUGUUCAUUUCCUUAUUCUCUUGUUUUACAUUGUAAAGUAAAUGCAGUUCUAUUUUAUUUGUCUCUGGGAUUAUCUUGAUUACCUUAUUUAAACUCACAAGACCUACAAAAGUGGCUAGCACUGGCCCCACUCAGGACAUUCAGGAAUUUGAGAAAAUACCUAAAGUUUCGACCUAGUGAAUGAGUGGGCAAGAAUCCAAGUCUGCUUUAAACUAGAACUUGUGGCACAAAGUCUUCUCAUUCAUGUUUAGACACUGACCUCUAGAAAUGAGACAGCAACAUCAAAGUGCUCUUUCCUCACACUCGCAAGCAGCACAGGAGGGCAUGGAUGGCACCUCGCUCUCCUAACUCAGCUGCACAGUCUUGACACUUGUCAGUUAAGAGUCGCUCCUCCCAAAAGUGUAGACGGCCUCCCUUUUCUACUUGCCACAUAUUUUAAUUUCUAAUUAAACUGUCUUAUUAAAGUGUACUUUCAAACAAAUAGUAGAUUUUUAUGGUUUUGUUUAUAAUUCUUGUACUGAGCUUAUAAAAUAUGACCACAUAUUAUAACCCUUUCUGUACUGGUGACUUAUUUUUCCUGCUGUGGAAGACUCCUGACACAAACAGUAUAAAAGAUGAUCUCCUUAUGUUUGCUUACAGGUUUAUCUGUUUCAUCUCAUGGCUGAUUGGCUCCAUGUAGCUCAGCAAUACGUCGCUGUGGUUGAAGCAAGUGGUUGGGCAGGUUUUCGCCUCUGGUAGCAGAAAGAAAUGAAAGGGAGUAACUAGAAAUGAGGUCUACUAGCCAAAAGCAGGCCCCCAGGGAACAUACUUCUUCCCUCAGGCUUUGCCUCUCAAAAGUUUUUAUCAACUUCUAAAGUGUCUAGGAAGCAAGCAUUGAGCAUGUGCCACAAAACAGUCAAUACAUGUGCCCGUGAGGGACAUUUCAUACUCAAAUUUUAAUGGACAUACAUUAACAUAAAUAAGCAUAUAUUAGCUAAUGCGGAAAACUAUCAAUUAUUAGAUGACAAUCUAUGAAAAUACUACAUUUUCAAACUUUAAAUUCUAGUGUCUGCUAUCAUCAACUCUGCUGUGAGAAAAACGUCAAGUUUCGGUGAUAUCACUGAGGUGAAAGCCCAGAAUAUGCACUGUACUCACUCACGGGCAUGGCCAAUUAAGGAAGGGAUAGAGCACCUUCCAUUCAGCAUUUCCCUGAGGGAAGCAGUGCGAGCCUCAGUCAGUCUUUCACUUCAUUCCACAGGUCAUGAUGCACCAUGUGUUCUGAGGCUAUCAGGCCAGGGUAGUGACCAGCAUGCACUCUUUGGCUCCCCCAAGGCCGUAAGUCAAUGCAAAUAAGUGAUUGUACCAAUGGCCACUCUAGCUUCUACAUUCAGGUCAAUACCUUACAUCAGUAUCAUUAUUACCAUUUCAAAACAAUGUGUUGGCUCCCUAGUUAUACAUAGUAGCCAGAGGUAAGAUGGGGAAGUAAACAGUACACAGCAGUAAUAGCUUAGGAAAGCGAAGUGCCUAUUUACUAUGUCUUGGUCUUCACUCCGUCUUCUGAAACUUUAAUAUAAACUCAUUCAAAAGCAGCCUGCCCAUGGAACACACUGUAGACUUGUGGUUUUAAAUCUAUCAGUCAUCAAACAGAAACAAUGAUAAAAAUUCUUCCCAAUCAAAAUAAUGACAACAGUUGUGGAGGUGACUGGACAGGUUGGACUCUUCAUUACCAGGACCACGCCCAUCCAGCCAUGCCCACAUAUCUUUUCUAUUUCUGGCCCAGGAGUGUAUUCCUACUUUAAAUAGGUAUGGAUUCAGUAAAAGUAGGUGAUAUAAAAAUACUAUUUUUAUGUAUUAUGUAUUUUUAAGUUAUACUUAAGUAUACCUAAUUGGUAUAUCUAAAAAUUCACACAUAUAUACAUAUAACCCUUAAAUCAGAAACAGAAUUGGAUUUCUGUUUAAGUCAAGACUAAAUGUCUUAAAAAUAUACAAUGUGCUUUUUUGUACACCUUUUUUAAUGUAUAACGUUAGGUAAUUAGUUGUGUAACUAAUUAUGUAAUAGCAACUGAAAGAACAAAUCAUUAUAUAAGAGGAAAAGCAAAGGGAAUGGUUGCUUUGGGGACUGGCGAUGUUAAAAUUUAGAGCAGUUCAGACAGUAAGAGGUAUGUGAAAAACCUGUAAACAACUGACAAGAAUCACCUGUGAAACUCAAAUCUGUUAGUACAUAAUGAGCCCCUUUAGCAAACAAAAGAAAGCCUGCUCUGCUGGAUGGGGUUAGGACUCGGCAAACAGACUAGACUUUGAAGACAUCAGGAAACUCAUCCUUGGUCUUGAUCCACAUUUACAGAAUCAGGAUUUCCAGAAACAGGGCUGGACCACUGCUAGAAGAUUCUUCAUGUUUGAUGGGGAGUUCGACUUUAGUCUAUCACUCAGUUUACCAAGUGCACUUGACCUACCUCUUUGUAACUCAGUCUUCAUCUUCUUUUCUGGAUAAGAGAGAGCAUUAGCUAUUGAGAGCAUUAAAUGAAUAUUUCAAAUACAGAACAAGGCAGAUGGCAUUUAAAAGCACAAGUUAUACAUGAGCAUUCAUUAGUUAUGUAAGUGAAAAAUAUGAUGACGAGACUGGGAUUCAAAAGUUUCAGAGAUUCUAAUUCAGUAAAAGUAAAUAUGAUUCACAUAUCUUAUUUUUUACCCAUUCAUGUGUUAUGUCUGCCAGGAAAUGUUUUUGUAUUACUAGAACUUUACAGGGACCUACAUUGAUAUCAUCAGGCCUACGGUGUAUAUGUUGCUGGGUGCAUAUAUAUGUUAUAAAUGGAUUUACAGAAUAUUUAUUAAACUGCAUUUUGCACUUCCAGGUAAUCUCUUUUAAAAUGUUUUUCAGUCUGUUAAAAUACUUCAAAUGAUGUUAAUAAAAAGCACUAUUAAAUAUC